AUGCGAUCACUUUUGGUGCCUCUACUCCUGGCCCUCGGGAUAGCCUCUGCGAAUCCACUUAGGGCGCGGCAAACGACCGCCCCCUUCAAGAUAUAUGCAUACGGCAAGGAUAUUAGUGGAUUGCCAGUUUUUUACAGAAAUGGUGCUGCUGAGCUUGCCGAUACCACCAAGAUCGAUGUAUCUACAAUGACCACUGUCCAGUUUGCUUAUUCCACCGACUCAUCAAACACUUGGAUCGCAUCUCCAGACUCCACUCAGCGCUCUGCCCCAUUCUCGGCCGACGUGCUGUGCCUAAACCAAGGCACUGCGUCGGCAAACCCGGUCAGCUUCAGUGGGAAUUCCGACGUGCAGCGCUCGAACAAGCUAAGCAACGUGUGGUCCCUGUACGGCAGUUAUGUGCUGGUCACACUAGACAAGGUCAACUUUUACGCCAAACCGACGGGCACAGAUGGCGUGUACUCGCUGCUUUGGAGUACCUCCGCUGAAGAGAUGAAAGAUACCAUCCCGCUAACUCUGCGGACUAUGGCGCCGGCGACAGUGUCUGUGCUCAAUUGA